CGUUUCACCGGGGCGAUAGUGCGAGUUGGACUGAGCCCCAACUUCACCGAGAACCUGCCGUGCGGCUCACCGGCUACCAGCGAACAGUCUCAGAAUGGAGCUGAGAUCCCAUUCCUGUGCGAGCCACCGCGGACGGCUAGGUAUAUCAGCUUGGACAUCGAUACCUCCAUGCCCGGUGUGGAUCCGAGAGAGGCAUAUUUGCAACUUGCCGAGGUGACGGUGGAAAACGUCACGUCUGGAGAGUGUGCUGCCCUCCCUGUUUAUGGGAAAAAUACAUCACAGAGCUCAACAUGGGACGCUCACCCUUCUUAUAAGGCUAUAGAUGGACGGAAAUAUACCUACACGCACACUGAUGCUAAUGAUCCGCAUCCUUGGUGGCUGCUGAAACUAGGUAGCAAGCACUGCUUGGGUAGAAUCAACGUCACCCUCCGAAUGAAUGGAUGGGGUUUUCGUUUCAUCGGGGCGAUAGCCCGAGCUGGACUGAGCCCCAACUUCAACGAGAACCUGCCGUGCGGCUCACCGGCUACCAGCGAACAGUCUCAGAAUGGAGCCGAGAUCACGUUCCUGUGCGAGCCACCGCGGCUUGCUAGGUAUGUCAGCUUGGACAUCAAUACUUCCAUGCCCGGUGUGGAUGCAGCACGUGCAUUUCUGCAACUUGCCGAGUUGGCGGUUGAAGAGUACACGUCUGGAGAGUGUGCUGCUCCUGGUUAUUUGGGAUGUUUUGGGGACGCUGAAUAUCGUUCCCUAUCGGUCGGCCCAGCAGCCACAGAAUAUGAACAGUCGGUAGAGUGGUGCUUCAGAAACUGUUUGGAACCUACGGAGUAUAAAUAUGCGGGAAUGGAAUACAAAUACGAAUGCUGGUGUGGGAAUGACAACUACGAUAAACACGGUAAAGAGCCGGAUUCCGAUUGCAAAUAUUUUUGCCCCGGAAACAGCAAUCAGAUCUGUGGAGGCAAAUGGCGCAUAUCCGUGUACACAGUAUCACAAGGAGUGUGUAGUAACGACAUAGGACCACCCACCAACGGAGACCACACCAUCACCAACCCGCGUUCACUGUCUUACAAUCUCAUCAACUUCAAGUUCUUCGGGACUCGUGUAGAUUUCUCCUGUGACCCUGGAUAUACCCUCCAUGGAGCAUCCAGCAUUGAAUGCAUUGAGACUGGCUACAACAACGUCACGUGGAGUGACUCGGUACCAACAUGUGAAGAUAAUGUUUGUAUCAACCCAAACCCUUGCCAAAAUGGCGGCACGUGUAUCCCACAGUCCACCGGUGAUUUCUAUAACUGUUCCUGCUCCGCCGGUUUUAGUGGAGGGGAUUGCCAAAACGCUAUUGCAAACACCACGACGAUCAAUGUUGUUGUUGUCAUUGUCGUUGUCGUCGUCGUCUUGAUUGUCGUGCUGGUCAUUGUCGUGGUUUGCUUUGUCAAAAGGUCACGGCGCAAGCGCAGAGGCAGCCGGCUGUCUGCAGUCGAUAGAGGGUGUGGACAGGAGCUCAUCCAAAAGAAAUUGUCGAAUGUUUAUUUGAUUGACACUCUCCAAGCAUCGACAUCGAAAUUAAAUGGACCGGCCAAGGAGUUCCCGCGGGACAAACUACACAUCCUCGGCCAGUUAGGCAGCGGCUCGUUUGCUGUGGUCUACAAGGCCGAGGCAGAGGGAAUCAUCCGUAGGGGAACCAAUACGACGGUGGCUGUCAAGAUGUUGAAAGAAUGUGCUACACCCAACGAUCAGAGUGAUUUCAAGAAAGAGUUGCGACUGUAUUCCAUGUUGGACCGACAUCCCAAUGUCCUGUCUAUGCUCGGAUACUGCACUGAUAAAGACCCGAUGUACAUAAUCCUGGAGUACGUUCCCUAUAGAGACCUGCAGACCUACCUGCGACACAUUCGGACGGGCACCGAACCCUUCUACCUGAAGAAGGAAGAGUUCAAGGAGAAGAAGGACCUGACACCGACGGAGAUCCUGACUUUCGCAUCUCAGGUGGUCAGGGGGAUGGAGUAUCUAGCAUCGAAACAGUGCAUCCACAGGGACUUGGCGACCCGUAACAUCCUCCUUGGCGAGGGAUUGGUAUGCAAGGUGUCUGACUUUGGACUGGCUCGAGACGUGGCCGAGAAAAGCCAGUACGAAAUGCAAUCACAGGGCAGGGUACCAGUUCGUUGGAUGGCUCCUGAGUCACUGAUUAGUAAUAUGUACACGAGCAAGAGUGACGUAUGGUCUUUUGGUGUUCUUCUGUGGGAACUGGUUACGUUAGGAUCGCAUCCAUACCCCGGCAUGUCAUCGCAAAAUGUCAUCGAUGAAAUAAAGCAGGGCUACCGACUACCCAAACCAGAGCAUUGUAGCGACGACAUAUACCAGAUAAUGAUGGACUGCUGGCAGGAGAAACCUGAAGACAGGCCGGAUUUCGCUGGUCUUCACACCACCAUAGACGACAUCCUUGCAGAUGCAGCGGGUUAUCUCGAGAUGGGAAAUCUUAAUCCAGAAGAUUACGUGUACCUGAAACCUGGCCAAGGUUCGAACAGCAUCACUUGCUCACUCACUCGUUCGGCAACAGGCAGCAUCGAGUGAGUGAUCGCGUACAAUCACUACAAGCGUCACAGCUGUGCAAAAGACUGCAGGUUCAGUGUUUAUUGCACUAAAGCAAGUUCGAGCGAGAAUCGUCGUUAACCAUAGUUCAACCGUCUUUCUCAGAUGUACCUUAGGCCUGGAAUAGUUGAAAUUCUAGAGCCGACUAUUGGCAACCCGACCCCGAGCUGGUUCUCGCGUUUGUUCUGAUUUCUACGCUAUAUGUACAUAACGGUCGACAUCUGUUAAGUUGCAGGACCAGAUAAAUUGCCGAGUGUAUUAGGCAAUUAUUAAUCCUCAUAUUUUUUUUAGAAGGGAAAAGCUCAUUAAAUGGAUUGUCUUAGCAAAGCCGAUCAAUUUACAUUAACUUCGAGAUAUAUAAUUUUCUUUGGUGAUGUGCUUAGCCGGUUUUAAAAACUAUGUUUAAGACUGGUUUGAAGUCUAUUUGGAUGUUGAUUUGUAUCAACUAUUUCGAACAUAGGUCUAAAUUCUUGACAAAAUUGACGGUAACUGCUUGGUUGUACCGGUGGACGUAUGUAACAUAUCGUGAAAUCAUCAUUACUUUGUAUCAGUGUAAUUUUUUUUUUUCGAAUUACGAACUAAACUUGCAGGUAUUGCAAUACCUAAAUUGGUUUUGCUAUUGUCAUUUCUUCGUCCCUGUGUAGUUGAUGAAGUCUUUCUCGUCCCAGUGAAAGGUACACAAAAGUGCUUCACCUUUUUGUCGAUUGGCGGAAUAUUACACUCCUCCUCCCUAUAAUGAAACCUGUCCUAUUAAAGCUUUAACUUAUGUGAAGCAAGUUAUGGAUCAAUUUCAAAAUCUUUAGCACAACUGUUAUAAAAAUCACUUCAU